CUUGUUCCACCUUUAAUGUCUCACUCGAGCGUUAAAUACCCGUCUCCGCACUUUCCGCAAUUCCUCUUCUCGGCUUUGUUUGGCGUUCUCCGUUCCGAACUUGCGAUUGCUCGCGCUUCGCUGUCUCGGCAACUGUCAACGGAAGCCAUGAGCUUACUCCACCGGCUCUGGGACGACACCGUUGCCGGUCCGCCGCCGGAGACUGGCCUCGGAAAACUCCGGAAAAACAACACGUUUGCCUUUCAGUCCAGCUCCGGCAACGAAUCGGAGGGGGGGAUGAAGGUUACGCAGCGGAUCAUGGUGGUGAAACCACCGGGACAAGGAGCUAGCAGUCAGAACGGUUCGCCGCCGGUUUCGCCUGAUGGGUGUACUCCUCCUGUAUCUCCCUUUUCCGGUAAAAGCCUGCCUGAUUUUUUCUUACCGAUUCAAAGGGCCGGGAGGGAGAUCUCCGGACGGCUACCGGAUUCAGCGGAGGUCAAUGACGGAAGUUUAUGAGAGAGCGAAUCGGAUCGGACCCGGAAGCCCUCGUCCACCCCAUGACUUGUGAGAUUUUGUCAAUAUUUAAAAAAGAAAAGAAAAAAGCUGCUUUAAUUUUGAGCUUGUUCGUCAUGCAUGCAUGUAUUUGGUUUGAUCUGAUCAUCGUUCCUCUUUUAAGUAUUUGUCUUUAUAUAUAAUUAUAUAUAUAUGUAAUGUAGAUGUAGUUGGUGUUGCGUAUGUGGUGUAGUAUGCCUGGCUAGCUAGCUUGGCUUAGCUUAGCUAGCUAUAUAGCUUGCAGCUCUGUUUGAAGGAAUUUGAAAAUGGUUGAAACUUAAUUGCCAGAUGUGUGAAAUAUUUAUGA